AUGGAGCUAAAUAAUAAGUAUGAUAAUAAGAAAGCAGUCGGGUUAAAACCAGGAAAAAUGAAUUACAAGAUGUAUUAAAUCAAAAUUUAAAUUAGUUUUUUUAUGGCUAUGAAUUUAAUAGAUAAGGUAGUGUGUUUUAGAAAACUUCCUUAAGUACUUUUUGGAUUUAAAUUACUCAUCAAGAUUAUCUUCCAAAAAUCAAUAAGAAUUUAACAUUAAAACAGAACUAACUUAAAUGUUAACUGA